UCUCCCGGCCCCGGGGGAGCUGCGUGCAGCCAGGACGUCAUUCCGGCCGGGAGGAGGAGCGGGGAGAGCGGGGCGGGCGAGCACGGAGCUCCCCGUGUCAGUCCGACAGCGAGAGAGCCCAGAAACGGGGGUGUGUGCGUUUAACCGUACGGUACCACAUCAAUGUUUUGUGAUGCCGGGCAGAGGGAGGGAAGGAGGAGACGGCCCCGGGAUCAACAGAUCACCGCAUCUUGUUGGUGAUGGCAUGGAUCGGCCGCUUCUCCAGCAGCUGCGCUCCCCGCCUCUCGGUGCGGUCACAGCCCGGCAUCCCCGAAGUGCCACGGCACGAGACUGAUGCAGAGCCGCUCUCAGCAACCCAGCCAUGGCCAGAGAUUCUAGAAUCUUCAUGAACCAGGACAUGGACAUCGGAGUUGCAUCUAGGGAGCCUAAGAAGAUUCCCAAACAGGCUCGGGAUGAUGUCCCCAUUGCCACUGACCGAACCCGACUCAUAACAGCAGAAGGUAAGAAGCCGAGGCAGCGAUACAUGGAGAAAAGUGGCAAGUGCAAUGUGCACCAUGGGAACGUUCAAGAAACCUACCGAUACCUGAGUGACCUCUUCACUACGCUGGUGGACCUCAAAUGGCGUUUUAACCUUCUUGUCUUCACUAUGGUCUAUACCAUCACCUGGUUGUUUUUUGGGUUCAUAUGGUGGCUCAUUGCCUAUGUCCGGGGAGACCUGGACCAUCUUGAAGAUGAAAACUGGAUCCCUUGUGUUGAAAAUCUCAGUGGAUUUGUUUCUGCGUUUCUCUUUUCUAUUGAAACUGAGACAACAAUUGGGUAUGGCUACAGGGUUAUAACGGAGAAGUGCCCAGAGGGCAUCGUACUGCUCCUGAUCCAGGCUAUUCUGGGCUCCAUAGUCAACGCGUUCAUGGUGGGAUGCAUGUUUGUCAAGAUCAGCCAACCAAAGAAGAGAGCUGAAACCCUCAUGUUUUCUAACAACGCAGUGAUUUCCAUGAGGGAUGAGAAGCUCUGUCUCAUGUUUCGUGUUGGAGACCUCCGCAAUUCCCACAUUGUCGAGGCUUCCAUUAGAGCCAAACUGAUUAAGUCCAAACAGACCAAAGAGGGAGAGUUCAUCCCCUUGAACCAAACAGACAUCAAUGUGGGAUUUGACACUGGAGAUGACAGGUUGUUCCUGGUGUCACCUCUUAUCAUCUCACAUGAAAUCAAUGAGAAAAGCCCCUUCUGGGAGAUGUCCCGCACCCAGCUGGAAAAGGAAGAGUUUGAGAUUGUGGUCAUUCUGGAAGGAAUGGUGGAAGCAACAGGGAUGACUUGCCAGGCUCGCAGCUCCUACAUGGACACAGAGGUGCUGUGGGGACAUCGCUUCACUCCUGUCCUCACCCUGGAGAAGGAUUUUUAUGAAGUCGACUACAACAGCUUCCACAGCACUUAUGAAACCAACACUCCCGUGUGCUGUGCCAAAGAACUGGCCGAGUCCCGCCGGGAAGGUCAGCUCCUCAGCAGCAUCUCUAGUGCCACUGUCCUGGGUGGAGUCAGGGAAGCAAAGACAGCAAGAGGGGAGGAAGAGGAAGAGGAAGAAGACAGGGAGCCAGCAACAUUCAGUGGAGCCAACGGGACAGCGGGAGAGAUGAAAGAAGAUCUGCCUGUAUAAUACGUGAGCUGCUGGGCAGUCGAAACCCACACACACAGCAAGUGAGGAAUUGACUGGGAGUCAGAGACCUGAGGUUUCUAAUCCAGAUCUCUGUCCCUGCUGCUUGAUCUUGGCGAGUCACUGCACAGCACUGUGCCUCAGUUUCCCUCAUCUUUACGGUGAGGUUCUGAGCUUUGCACUCAAUUGCAAAACGUUUGGAUCUCUGUGGACAAGGCUCACUAAAUACAAUCACGGUUAAAAUUGAAAUCCCCACCAGUAGUUGUUUCAGAAAGUGUUCAUUGGACAUUCAAAACGUAUCUCCCCUUGCAAGGGUAUUUACAAAGGUAAAGAGCUAGAAGCUCCCAUCUCAGUAUGAAGAAUGUGUUUUCAUGCCUUCACUUAACUUGUGAGUGGAUGUGUUGUAGACAUUGUUACUGCUUAAUUAAAAGGAGACCAAAAAACCUCUCUUGUA